CAUUGUGGGAACCCUCUCUGCUCAGGUGGCUCAAAAUGGUGGAGCUGUGCCGCUUUGGUCGAUUUCUUCCUACAAAUCCACACAGAAACACGUGAAUUUAGCCUCACAACGGUUGUAAAGUUGCGUAACAGAGAUGGGUGACCAGGACAGUUCAGAGGAGGAGUUCCCCAGCCAUGGCAAGAGGAAGGCAGGCCGGCAGAACAUUCUUACAGACGACGUCUCAGAGGGAGAGUCAGAUGGAGCGGUAGACUUUGAAGACGAUGAAGACAUGGAGGAAGAUGAGUCAGGUUCUGAAAGCGGUGAAGAAGAAGAAAGUGAUGAGGAUGAUGAUGAUGAUGACAGUCUUGAUGAUGAAGAAGACAGUGGGGAGGAGGAGGAAGGAAGUGACAGUGAAGAGGAAGAAGAGGAGGAAGAUGAACAAACUGAGGAGGAUGGACAAGAAGUGGAGACAGUGAAUGGGAAGGCAAAUGCACCCAAGGAUGCAGUUGAUGAGGAAGAGGAAAGCUGCCCCAUCUGUCUGAAUGAGUUUGAACUGCAGGAGGUCGGAACCCCUGCUGCCUGUCAACACAACUUCUGUAUCGACUGUAUUCUGGAGUGGUCUAAGAAUAUAAAUUCCUGCCCUGUAGACCGUCAGCAGUUUAACACAAUUCUAGUUCGAGCCAAGUUGGGAGGCAAGGUCAUCAAAAAGCUGAAGGUGAGUGAUGUGAACCAGUUUGCGGAUGUGGAGGAGGAGGAGGAAGACAACACGUACUGUCAGGUGUGCAGACAGCCCACCAACGAGGACAGGAUGCUGCUGUGUGACAGCUGUGAUGCAGGAUACCACAUGGAGUGCCUUACUCCCCCUCUGGAUGCUGUCCCUAUUGAGGAAUGGUUCUGUCCACAGUGUGCCCCUGCUGAGAGUUCCCGUGAAGAGGAGGAGGCACCACAAGUCACCCUGCUGCCCGUGUUGCCUGUUCGCCGCGCUAUCGCUCGCACCAUGGCGAGUGAACGAGUACGCGCACGGGUGAGCCGUGUCCGAGCUGCCCGGUCAAGGGCGCAGCCGUCAGCGUCUCGGUCAGUGUCCCGCCGAGGCAGAGGCCGAGGGCGCUCCAGCUCAGCCCGCGGCCGCAGCACGUCCAGGUCUACGUCCCGCGGCCGGGGGCGGGGGAGGGGGAGGCGGCGCGGGACCACCCGGCGUAAAACCACGCGGUCACGGUCCACAACAACCACCAGGAAGAGGGGGACGAAGAAGACGACUACCACAACUGGAACAACAGUUAAGAGAAGGAGGAGAAAGAAGAAGAGGAGAAAGAAGACGAGGAAGGUUAAGAGAGUGUCAGUUAAGAAGGAAACUCCCUCAACUGUCAAGUCAAGACUGGCAGAGAGGCUUUCACUGGGCAAGCCCAUACCAGGAAGCUCAGUUCCAUCAGUGAAGAAGGCCAGUGACAGAAAAGCAGACUUUGUACAGAAGCCUCUCAUGGUGUUUGGGGAUCCCGAUGGUCUGCACUGCUUCGAAGACGGUGAGGAAACCUUUCCUGAGACAGCAGCUGUCCCCGUGACCAGCCGGUACAGGCGCGCUCACACGCUGUCCAAGUCUGCGCUCAGGUCCCACCGACCUGUCCGUAGGGCUGUGCCCAUUGGAAUAGCAAGCGAGCUGGCCUCCUCCUCGCCGACCCACGCGACCUCCGACGCGACCCUGGACGUCCUGGGCUCCAUCUUUGCCGAGCAGGAGCAGCUACACCUGCCCAGCAGUGAUGUCAGGAUCAACAGGGAUGGCACUCUCUCCUACGGCAGGACAGAUACAAAUGGCACCAGCGGCAGCCACAGAGGGACUGUCCGGGUUGUACCCAGGGGGGAGCACAGACCCAACAGGGUGACUAACGGCGUCCCAUCCAACCAGACGGCUCUUGGAUCUCCCCAGGAGUCCAGCACACAUCCCCAGAGCUCUGCAGGAACGUCAUCGUCCGGUCACAACAGCCAAGGUUCCCAGCAGGGAGGCAGAGGCUUCAGUACAUCAACCGUCACUUCUGGGUCAUCAACUAGCAACCUGGGGUCAUCUCAGGGUGGGCAGCAUCCAUGGGGUAACCAAGGAGCCGCCUCCCUAACAACCAGUUGCCUUGGCAGCAAGCCAAACAGAAGCCCCAGUGAUGACGAGGAGGAGGAACAGCCUCCUAAAAAUAAAUCUGAGAGCACGGACUCUAUUAACCCCCGGCAAGAUUCGAAAGAUGAGUCAAACAGUUCAACAGAGGAAAGCGGUAGUAGGCUCUUCUCGCAUAAACAAUGGAAACCCAUACAGAUAAACAUCAAAUCAUCUUUGCCGCACACAGAAACGAGUCCAGUGCAGGGCUCCGUUAGAACUGACUUGCCUGACGGAGAAGAGCCACAGGAGAGUGUUGAGAAGCUGAACACGUCCUCGCACAGCUCUGGUGCCGAGCAGGAGUAUAACCCGUUCUCCCCUACGGCCUCACCUGUCCAUGGAGAGGAGGGCAGUGGGUCUGUGGAGUACAACCCCUUCAGUCCCACGCCCGAGGACGAGGAUGACGACCAGACAAACCCGUCGCCUGACUCCGAAACAAACAACAACGACCUUGCCGGCACCUCUAAAGAACCCUGGGAGGUGGAGGACAGCAGUGAUGUGGCUGUGGACACGGGUGGGUUGGAUUUGGAACAGGUGGGGACAAACAGCCCCGGGGUGGACAGCCUGCAUAUCGAUUUGGACAACCUGUCCCCACAGCUGGACAGGGAAGAAGACGACGAUGAGCCAACCCUGGGUGAGGAAAGCAGGGAGGAGGAAGAAAUGACCGGAGGAGAAGAGAGCAUCGAGGACUUCCAAUUUGAGGAGGAGCUGGAUGAAUUUCCUCUGCAGAAAAGCCCGGAGACAUUUGCCACUAGCCCUGUAACCAUGGAAAUUCCCAAUACUGCAGCUGUAGAGACUCCCGACAACACGUCAGCCCAGCAGACGGAGAGCAAAAAGCCUGCCAGCACAUCUAAAGCCAGUAAGGCAGUAUUAGACAUGUUUUCGGGCCUGUCUCCUGACAAGGAGUCAUCAGAAGGUGAGAGUGUAAACCAACAGGAAAAGCCAUCAGAGGCAGAUUCUAGAGGGGAAGCUCUGUAUGAGGAUGUUCUGGUGCUAGACUCGGGUGAUGUGAACCUAGAACUACACGACGUGGAAAAUGCAGAGAACGAGGCAGGGGAAAGACAAUCUCAGCCCGUGGAAAGAAGAAGUGAGAGUAAAGAUGAAUUAGCACCUACAGAGGCUGGAAGGGCAGAAACAACUACUGAAACUGAUAAGAACGUGUCUUAUUUCACGUCUCGCGUGACACACACCGAGAGGCCAACAAGCCAAGAAGGGUGGGAUUCCUCAGAUGAAGACACACUGGACAUCAGACCACUGCCAAACAUCAUGGACCUACCCAAGAUUCCCAAGAUACGACAAACGGUGCCUACCAGCCGAGAGAAGGAGAAGACAAGAGACAAGUCCUCGUCGUCUAAGGGGAAGAAAAGAAGAAGAGACUCAACAGCAGAAGGGCACCAAAAGGAACGCACAAAGGAAAAGAAAAGGGAUAGGGAGAAGAGAAAAGAAGCUGGGGAGCAGUCCAGGAAGCGUAAAUCAGAUGCUCCCGACUCGUCAGAAGACGUGUCUGUGAGUAGCAGUCGUAGGAAAAGGAUGAAAGCAAAGCGGUCAAGCUCUCGCCGGCAAUCAAGAGAACGGGAGAAGAGAAGAGAUGAGAGUUUCAGGGCGGACAGGUCUAGCUCCCUUGAGCAGGAAGGGGAGGGGAGGGCAGACAGAUCACACAGAAGUUACAGGAGACAUCGGCAGGAUAGUUCCAGCUCGCUAAGUCUGUCAAGCGAAGAGGAAGCCUCCCCAGAAAGAACACGUAGGUCAAAAUCCAAGGACAGGUCCCGCAUGCGCAGUCAGCACUCUUCUGCUACAUCCUCCAAGAGUAAAAGCAAGGAAGACAGAGAAAGGAGAAAGCACCACAAGGAAAGUAGAAGAGAAAAGAAUGAUAGCGACAAGUCUGACUGGUCCAGAGGAUCGUCCAGAGAUAGAAAGAAGGAGGAAAAGAAGAGAGAAAGAAAACAUGAAGAUAGUGAUAGAAGGUCAAAAGAACGUAGCAGUGGAAAAGGGAGGGAGCAGAGAAGGUCUAAAGAAGGCUCUCCUCAGGAGUACAAAAAGCCCAAGGAAAAAUCUCCAGAAUACAAAAGGGAAGAAAGGCUGGGUGAACCUCCAAAAUCAGACAGUAGAACAUUGGCAGAGAAGAUUGCAGAGAAAAAUGAGAAGCUGUACAAUUACGGUGACCAUGACUACAGGAAAGCCAAAGAUGAUCAGAAGAAGGAGAAAACCGAAAAGGUGAAGACGGGAACACUCAUGGAGGAACUGAGAAAAGUGGGCAAGCCCCGUCUACAGUCAACCGUACGGAAAGUCUCCAACGCGGAACAAGAUGAGGACAUCCUUCCGUUCUCCAGUUUCCUGUCUCCCGGCGGUAUGGACAGGGACCACAGGUCCCGCGUGGAAAGAGAGGGACCUCGGACACCCGAGUACUCCAAACAGAAAAACGGAGACCAGUCGCAGCCAGGCAGUAAGGAUGAAGACAGUGACGAAGGUGACUCCGCUACCUUGUCAAGAUUCCUAGUUCCCGGAGGAAUGGACAAGGAUCACCGAGGGGCAGACCAGCUGUCCAACAGUAACAGCAGCUCCAGGGACGACCCUCGUGUGGAGAAGAUGUCCAGGACCAGCGGAGAGAGAAGCAACCUUCCCGUGUUGGAGCCCCUCAGGCCGCCGGAGAUCAAACCACAGCUGACCCUCCCCCAGUCCCUCCUCACCGUCCUGGGGGUCCUGACGGCACAGAAGCCAAACGCAGGUCUACCUUCAGGUCCAGCCCCAGCAGGAGCGGGAGGGGGGCAGCAUACCGUGACGAUCGAGGCCACCUCUCCAGAAGACGUGGAAAUGAGGGACGUGGAGGAGUCUGGGAGAGAUGAUAUAGACGAGAACAUCGAGUCCUCAGCUGUGGAGAUGGAUAUUAAGGAGAAGCAGAUGUUGGAGAAGCUGAAUCGUCAAGAGCGGGUAGCCGAGGAGGUGAAGCUCGCCCUCAAGCCGUUCUACCAGGCCAAGAAGGUCGACAAGCAGCAGUACAAGGAGAUCCUCAAGAAGUCAGUCAUACAGGUCUGUCACACAAAAACAGGCAAGAUUGAUCCGGUGAAGAUUCGCCGGCUGGUGCGCCAGUACGUGGAAAAAUACCGCGCGAUGGAGAAAUACCUCGCAAAAAAGAAGGGUUCGAGUUCCAGCCAGUCCCAGCCCUGGUAUAGGCAGGCUAGGAAGUGAUCUGAUGAACUCAGACCUUCACAAAGACAUUAAUUACAUUUACAUGGUCGUUUUCGACUCCUACAAAGUCACCUGGACCGCUGAAACAGGUUGAGAGACUUUGUCAUCCAUGGGCACGUAUAUGUACAUAGACACAGAUGACACCGGUUGUGUGCGGCAAUACCAAAUCCCGGGACUCCACAUCUCUAGAAAACUGAAAUUCCCUGCAACGUUGGGUCACCUUCCAACAUAUAUUUCAGACGCAGAGAGAGGUUUUACUCUACAUCAUGUGACGUCUGUGUUCCGUUUCAAUAUGUUUUUCUAGAGUGAAUCAGUGUUACCCAUGCAUAGUUGAAUAGAAAAUAGCCUUGUAGGUUUUUUUGUAGAGAAACUGUAAAGUCUUUUUGAGGUACAGUACAUAGUAUUACAGUCUGCCACAUGAUUUUGAUGUACAAGAAAGUUGCAGCAUUUCAUGCAUGUGGGAGAGAAGAGGGUCAGACUGAGGGCAGUUCUUUUUGGAGGGUUUGGUCAAACACUUGAACUGAAGAACAGUGUGACAGUUUGAAGCCAUCAUGAAGUCAUGAUGGAGUAAAUUAUUAGAGACAGGUAACCAUUUUUCUUGUUGCUAAUGUUUAGUUUUCACUUGAGCAUCACAAGAGGAUGAAGAAGACAUGAUGACAUGCCACCUUAUAGUGAUAACACAGAAUUUAAGGGGGAAUGAUUGUAACACUUGUUUAAAACUGUAAAAAUCUUGUUACAUAGAAUUGUCCAAGUUCUUUCAAUGAAUUCUUGCAGAAUACAAAGCAGAAAUAUAGUGUAGAUUACCAUUUUACCCCUCCCAUAAAACUAUGUGAUCUGUCAGUAUUGCAGUGCAGAAGGAAUGAAGUCAAGAAAUUCUAAUCAUGACAAUGUCUUCAUUGCCAAGCAGGAAGUUCAAAAAAUUUUUAACAGUAUAGAACACACAGAACUGGUCUGUAUGCACACUUGUUGACAGUGAAGUUAGAAUUGGAUUGAACAAUACUACAGAAUGUAGAGGAAUUCAACUUGGAAUGUAUGUUUGUACCAAUUUCAGCAUU